UUCAUACUCUUUGGAAAUGUAAUUAUUAUAACAGUAAUUACAAGGGAAAGAAAGCUCCAUGAACCCAUGUACAUAUUUAUUUGUAACCUGACCCUGAAUGGGGUGUACGGUAGCACAGCAUUUUAUCCUCAUUGUUUAUCCAACCUUCUGUCAGAAACUCCCUCCAUAUCUAGAGCUGGCUGCUUGAUUCAGGUAUAUUGCCUUCAUACAUAUGGAGGAUUUGAAUAUUCAAUUUUGGCUCUGAUGGCGUAUGACCGAUAUGUGUCCAUUUGCUAUCCAUUGAUGUAUAACAGCAUUAUGACCCCAUUAAAAGUUACUCAGCUGUUAGUCUUUGUAUAUAUGUACCCAGCUUGUAUUAUGUUUAUACAUCUAAUUCUAACUAUUCGUUUACCUCUCUGUGGGUUUAUAAUAGAUAAUGUAUACUGUGAUAACUGGUCAGUUGUGAGGCUGUCAUGCUCAGAUGUGUCUGUUAAUAAUAUAUUUGGUUUCUUUGUUACAAGUCUUCUGAUGGGUGUUCCAUUGACUGUGAUCAUUUACUCUUAUGUCAGAAUCCUGGCAGUGUGCAUGAAAUCUUCAAAGGAAGCUCGUGCUAAAGCUCUACAGACCUGCACCCCUCAUUUACUGAGUUUCACAAAUUACAGCAUCGCCACAUUUUUUGAAGUUCUUCAUUUACGUUUUGACCUUAGCAAUAUGCCCCAAGUAGUACGGAUUUUGUUGUCAAUGGAUUGCAUUUUACUUCCUCCUCUUUUAAAUCCCGUCAUCUAUGGAGUUAAAUUGCAGGAGAUAAGAAAAAGGACAAUUAAAAUGUUCUUUGGAAGAAAAACUACUUUUGUUUAA